AUGUUGUACAGCAAAGGAGCUGUUGCUGACAUAGUCAAAGAGCUUAUACAAGGAACACCAUUUUGGGAGGAUGGGAAAGAGCUAAUUUCAGCAAUGGAGCCAUUGGUAAAGGUAUUACGGUUAGUCGAUGGUGAUGGGUCAACUUCAGGCUACAUUUAUGAAGCAACAGAUAGAGCACGAAAGGCAAUUAAAGAACGAUGUGAAGAGGAUCCUGUUAAGUAUAUGCAUAUAUGGGAAUUGUUUGAAUUCAGAGCGAAAUCUAACCUGCUUCAUGAGGUUCAUGCUGCUGCCAUGUAUUUGAACCCUCUUUUCAUGUUUGAUGGAAAGAUUUCAUAUACUAAUGAAGCUGUGCAAGCUGCCUUGUCAUAUAUUUAUGACAAACUGAUUGAUACCACUGAAAGAACCAAGUUUUCGCAAGAGCUUUUACUCUAUAAUGGAAAACAUCCAAAGAUCUUUACAAGCAUCUCAAUAGAUCAAAUCAGUAAUUGUCAUCCAAGGGUGUGGUGGGAAGCAAAUGGAGGCUCUGUUCCUAUACUAAGAAAGGUUGCCAUUCGUUUAUUAAGUCAGCCGUGUAGUGCUUCAGCAUGUGAACGUAACUGGAGUGCUUUCGAUGCCGCACAAACAAAAAAGAGAAACAGAUUGGCUCCACAGAUGUUGGAAGAUCUGGUGUACAUAAGGAUGAACUCGUUAAUGCUGAAAAAUUCCGUGAACUUUGAGUUAAAAGAUAGAGACCCAAUUAAUCUUGAAAAUCUCGCAGAGUGGGACACUGAACUUGUUGAUGGCAAUCUGGAUGAAGCUAUUGAUGAAGGUUUUGUAGCCGAUGCUCGAAGUGACCUGAAUGCUGCUUGGAUGGAUAGAAUGUGUAGCGGCAUUGGGACAUCUUCGAGAAUGAAUUAUCGUCAUCAGUAG